AUGUGCCAACGGCGGCGGGCCAGCCAACUGUGCUGGCGGGCCAGGGCGCAAGAGGAAGACCUGAUUGAGAGUUUUUUUGGCCGCCUGUUUGGCCGACCGGCCCUGGAUGACCCAACUCCGUUCGGCCUGAAGCGUGUCAGCGAGGAGGCGGCCAAGGAGCUGUACCCGGCCGUGACCGACACUUUUGCGGAGUCGUUAAGCGGCGACAACGAGGAUGUGGCAAAGCUGCGGCCGCUGCUUGCACAGACCCAGCUGGAGAGUGUCCCGCUGAGGCUUGCCUAUGAUGCUGAUCAGGAUGGCUGGACUCCAACAGCCUUCCACCAACGUGUGGACGGCUUUGGCGCUGCCCUGGUUGUGGCAGAGACAGUGGGGGGCGCUGUGGUGGGCGGCUAUAACCCACGCGGUGAGAUGGGGAAGGGGCGCAACGCAGUGUUUGCAGCAUGCCCGGCGGCAGUAAUGCUGGUGGGCUAA